UCGCGGCGGACGUCGUUUCCGGAGCAGCAUGGCGACCACGGAGGGCGGUGGGCUUGUGGCGAGUGGAGAAGGAGAGCGGCUGGACUUCCUGCGUGACCGGCACGUGCGGUUCUUUCAGCGCUGCCUCCAAGUCUUGCCCGAGCGCUAUUCUUCGCUCGAGACCAGCAGGUUGACAAUUGCAUUUUUUGCACUUUCCGGUUUGGAUAUGUUGGAUUCCUUAGAUGUGGUGAACAAAGACGAUAUAAUAGAGUGGAUUUACUCCCUGCAGGUCCUCCCCACAGAAGACAGUGAUGAUUCCCUGCCAGAUGGAGGCCAAGGCCUUCCGUGGGAGAAGCAAGUCUAUUUGGACAUCUGCAGAGGAUUUGGCAGAACAGCAGUUUGCCAGAGUGCACUUUCCUGUCUUCCCAGCAGCUGGUGCUCUUGGGCCACCUCUUCUCCUCAAGCCUGCUUUUCUCUUACUACAGCAGCCUGCUCGGCGGGGUCCAAACCAGGAUCAAAUAUAAAUCGCUGUGGUUUCCGAGGCUCUUCAUACCUGGGUAUUCCGUUCAAUCCAUCAAAGAAUCCCGGGACAGCUCAUCCUUAUGAUAGUGGCCAUAUAGCAAUGACGUACACUGGCCUUUCGUGCUUGGUUAUUCUUGGAGAUGACUUAAGCCGAGUAAAUAAAGAAGCUUGUUUAGCAGGCUUGAGAGCCCUUCAGCUAGAAGAUGGAAGUUUUUGUGCUGUACCUGAAGGCAGUGAAAAUGACAUGCGAUUUGUGUACUGUGCUUCCUGUAUUUGCUAUAUGCUCAACAACUGGUCAGGCAUGGAUAUGAAAAUGGCCAUUGACUAUAUUAGAAGAAGUAUGUCCUAUGACAAUGGACUGGCACAGGGAGCUGGACUUGAAUCUCAUGGAGGAUCAACUUUUUGUGGCAUUGCAUCACUGUGUCUGAUGGGUAAACUAGAAGAAGUUUUUUCAGAAAAAGAAUUGAAUAGGAUAAAGAGGUGGUGUAUAAUGAGGCAACAAAAUGGUUAUCAUGGAAGACCUAAUAAGCCUGUAGACACCUGUUAUUCUUUUUGGGUAGGAGCAACUCUAAAGCUCCUGAAAAUUUUCCAGUACACUAAUUUUGAGAAAAAUAGAAAUUACAUCUUAUCAACGCAAGAUCGCCUUGUAGGGGGAUUUGCCAAGUGGCCAAAUAGUCAUCCAGAUGCUUUGCAUGCAUACUUUGGGAUCUGUGGUCUGUCACUAAUGGAGGAAAGUGGAAUUUGUAAGGUUCAUCCUGCCCUAAAUAUAAGCACACGGACUUCUGACCGCCUUCGAGAUCUCCAUCAGACCUGGAAAACCAAGGACUCUAAGCAAAGCUCAAAGAAUGUGCACAUUUCCACAUGACUGACUUUAGAUUGGGGGGUGUGGGGUUUGUAGCAUAACUGCAGCUCAAGGUUAAAAGCCAUGUAUAACCAAGUGUGCUCUUUUUUUUAAGAGAUGGAGUCAUACAAUCAAAUCUCAUGCUGAUGUCACUUUGGGAUGUGGUCUUGAGUCAGUAAUGUUUGUAUUGGAUUUCAAGAAAAUCUUUGUUGAAGUUUGAACCAUAGGGGAUACUGUCACGGUUCUUAAAUGUUUAUACUAUAUUUCUUCUAAGUUCUUUGAGGUAAAUUAACUGUAUGUGUGUAGGUUAUCUUUUAAAAAACUCUUCAGUACAGAUUGUAUCUUAUUAUACAAACAAGUUCACACUUCAUAUAGCAUUGAUAAUCUUCCGGUGGACACUUAGUGAUCAUUUAAAAAGCUUAAUUGCAAAUGGUAGAAAAUUGCUUUAGUGAAUUGAGUGUCUGGGAUUAUUCUUUGAAAACAGAUGAUCCUAUAAUUUUUUUAAAGAAGAAUGACUUAUUUUGUUUUAUUCUUAAGUAAAAUGUGCCAAUUAAGCUUUUGUGGCCUAUGUAAAUGAAAUUAAUAACUUCAUAAAAAAUAGGCUUAACUAAUACAAUAGUUUUCUGUAAGAUUGUUUUAAUGACUGUUAUUGUGUUGCCAAGGAAAAAGUAAUUUAACUGUAUGUGAUUGUGAAAGGGAAUGUUUUGUGUUGUGCAGAACAUUUAUUUAGACUUUGCUGGUGUGCAUUCAAAUUAUGUUUAAUUUUAAUCUCAAAGCAUUAGUUGCCCUUUUUUUACUUUCUGGGAAGAAGAUCUUAGCUUGAAGGAAAGACAUGUAUUGUUUUUGUUUAUUUCUUUGAAAUAUGUGAUCUUUAAAUAUAUUUCUACUUUUAUAACAGUUA